GCAAGGAUUAAACCUCACCCCCUGUGAAAAAAAGUUAAUUUCAUAUGAAAGAAAUUGGAAAGUUAUCUGGGAAUUUGUUUAUUUUUUAGAAAAUUCGCAUUUGUUCCUAAAAUUUUGGAUUUAGAAGUUCUACUAAUUAUACAUCACAUCAUGGACUAUAGUUCUAAGUAAGGUGUUGCAUUGAACAGUCUUGCCGAGGCAUUUAGGUUUAUGGUCUUGAAAACCAAUCAAGAUUUUUCAAAAUAAUGAAAAAGAUUCAUAGACAAUUUUUAAAUCAAAUACAUUUUCCACAGGAAGCAAGCUUUAAAUUUCAGAUCUGUUCUUAAUCAUUACCAAUAAUGUUUUUAUUGUCUGUUUUUUUUAAUAUGCUUGUGUUAAAUUUGCAUUUUUCAAGGUAAUUUAAGGUUCCAAUGGGUGUGGUAUUUCUUCUUAAAAUAAAAAUGAGGAAAUGCAGGAGUUUUAGUUAAAAAUGUAACGAAGAUAAAUAUUAUACAUAAAGGCAAAUUACAUUUGAAAAUUAUAAACUUUGAUUUAUCAGUUUACUAUUUCGUCUAAAAGAAGAUAAUUGCCAAAAAAUUACAUUAGGUUUUUUAGGAUUGGUAUUAAUCUUAAUUCAUUGAUUUAAAAUUUGAAAGAAUCAUGAUUAUAGGGGACCUCCCUCCCGAAAAUAACUUUAUUUAAGUAAAUACAUAUGACAAUAAAGAAUUAAUGAUUUAAUAUUAAUAAGAGAAUUAAAAAUGUAAAACAAUUUUGUACAAUUUGUCAGAUUGAUGUUAAGUAUUUCUGUUAUCAGUGUUUUUCAUUAAUAACAGUCUUAACCUUGAUUGAAGAACCACACCCAACAAGAAAUCCAUUUGCUCAGUGUACAUUUGUGAUGCUGUAGGCGGGUAAAUUAAGUGCUACCCUGUUGAAAGGUUGAGAUCAUAGUAAACUAACUUUCUGUUAACUUAAGUUGUGAAAUAUCUAACAAAACACAGUCGUUCCUGCAUUACAUAUGUGUCUACUUUGUGCAUAAAAAUAAGUUUUAUUUUACAAUUCAACUGACAAUACAAUUUUCGUCUGCAGGAAGGAUAAAUAAACAUCUUACAAUUGUUAAACCUAUUGUUAGGUAUUUUUAAAACCAUAUAUUGUAAUCACAUUGAUCACUGCUUUCUAAUUUUGCCACACUGUCCGUAGCUAUUGGAAGGAUUUAUAGGGUACCCCACUAUUCUUAAUAUCUUGUUGUGCUUUUCAUACUAUAUGACUAUACUUUAUAAUUUCCAUUAGAUUGUUUUAUUGUUUACUUAAUGCUUAUGAAUUGUCCAACAUAAAGCAGUAUUUAAUUAGCAUUUAUUUUGAAUGCAAAUCUUUUGACAUUAUUUGAGUGUACACAGGGGAAUAUAUUUUUUGCUAUAUAGUGUCUAUUCAUCUAAUUAAAAACUCUAUCUAUAUAUAUGUGUGUGUGCAUGCUUGCACAAGAUAGAUUACAUUUAUUUUAAUUUUUUUGAUUUGUGUUUGUGCUGCUCAUAUGAUGCUGAUAAAGUUUUAUAACCAGAUAAGUUUGAAAAAUGUUUUGUAGAGAGACACUAAGCGUGAUAUAUCUUCUCAUUUGUUUAACUUCAGCACAAGAAUCAACAGGAAAGAUAAAAGACAGUUUAAUCAUUGCAAGGAGUGCAGUCAAUCAAAAUAUACUUGAUACAGGCCACAACUGCAUUAGAACAAAUGGUCCAUACACACAUUCCAAUCUACGAGAUUAUGUUACACUUGAUCUUGACAGCACUCAAAUAAUUGCAAUGGUUGUAAUAAAGUUUCAAAAUGUUGUUAACAUAAAUGUAUAUGUUGGUGAGCACUAUGCAUAUAUAAAAUGUUAUGAUGGUUCUAGUGGCAACAGCUUUGUCCGUCAAGAAGAGAGUGAUAUCUUUUGUAUUGGAAAGGGAAGAUACGUCAAAAUUGAAGCUGUCGACUUAAAUGCUGAAAUUUAUCUUUGUGAUGUUCAAGUUUUUGAUCCAUUUAGUAAUCUUAUUGGCAAUGUUACUGUUGUUGAUGAUUCUGACUAUCCAAUAAACCAACUAGUCGAUAGUAAUUUCAUUACCUGCCAGCAGGUGUUUAUGAAUAACAAUGAUAGAUUGGCAUGGGUGAGAAUCAUCAUACCAAAGUAUAUAUCACUAGUCACUGCAAUUAAAGUAACUCGCUCCAGUACUCACCCAUUAUUAGAUGUUUAUGUAUGGAAUAUAGUAUUGGAUCGAAGUAACUCCAGCCUUAAAUGUCUCAGUCAAAAUUCCUUUUCACCAAGUUAUCAAAUUUGUAAUGGUGCACUGUCUGGAAAAUAUGUUAGUCUAUUUGGAGCAGAAACAAGCUUUCAAGUUUGUGAAAUUGAACUUUAUGGAACAGAAUCGCAGACUUCUCUAUCUUAUAUCCCUGUUGCAUCAAGUGGUGUGUCGCAAGCAGCAAUUAAUUCACAGCAAAACUGUGUUACAUCAACCAGAUUAAUCAACGCAACAACUAAAACGUCUUACAUGAUCUUCGAAAUCAACGAGGAACAACUGGUCACUAAUGUUUCAGUUCUCCUCAAAAUUCCUACAAGAUUUGCAGUAUCCAUUGGCGAUGAAGUCACAUUUGUUGAUUGUAGUCUGAAUGUAGUUAUUACACCUGUUGACAAAAAAUCUGUGAUUUGUAAUCGCACUGGUCGUUACGUGAAAAUUGCUGGAAUCUCUACAUCAGAUAAUAUAGAUAUUUGUCAUGUUGAAAUAAUGAACAAAAACUUCAACGCAAUAUCUGGCUUUUCUGCAGUUGGUACAACUUCUACGGUAGCUUUUUCAUCCACACUUACUGAUAAACUAUUAUCAAGUUGUGCAAUCAUUAGCACAGAAUUUCUUCCUGGUUGGGUGAGGUUACACAUGCCAGACAAAACGACAGAGAUCUACGGUGUUCGGGUGGUGAUGAAUGAGCCGUUUGUUCCGAUAGCGGUUCUGGUAGGAAGUCCAAUAACUGGCAACAAAUACUGCAUCAUCAGAGAGACAUUUGAAGUGCAAAAUAAGUCAUGUAAUCUUUAUAAUGCACCUUUAGUUGGCCACUAUGUCAUAUUUCAGGCGUUGACAAGUUUUCUCCUUAAAAUCUGUGAGAUCGAAGUGUUUGGUAUAGAAUCCGACAAAUGUGUAAACGUUAGUUGCGGCUUUGGACGUACAUGUGUUAAUGUGGCUGGCUCUUAUCAAUGCAAAUGUCUGAUUGGUUAUGAACUGGUAUCUGGGGUUUGCCAAGAUAUCAACGAAUGUAACAAUGAAAAUGCAUGUGUUGGUUCCAAUGUAAUAUGCACCAAUACUCUGGGAUCAUAUUCAUGUAGCUGCCCAGUUAAUCAUACCCAGCUGGUUAAUUUUGAUAAUUCUUCGGAAGUAUUUUGCAUUACUACCGGAGAAAUAAGCGUAACUCUGCUGGGUGCAAGUGGAGUGUCUCAAAAAUCUGUUGAUAAUGACACAUCGUGUACUCAUCUUCACCGUUCACCAAUCAAUGAAAAGUAUAUACUCAUCUACUUCAGAAACACACUGGCCAUUGCAAAUGUCUCAGUUAUAGUUGGGAGUUUCAGUGAUAUUGCCAUUGCACCAACUAAAUAUAAUCGUAACAACUGCAACGUGGGAAGAAAUUUGACUUCAGGAACUGCUCAUAUAUUGUCUUGCAGUGUUUCAGCAAAGUUUAUGAAAAUUACUGCCUUGCAAACUCAUGGUAAUGAUAACACAGAAUUAUGCGAUGUUCGAUUUUUUAAGAAUGGUUCAGCUAUACCUGCUACUGAUGCAUUGGUAAUUGCAGACACAACAAUUGAUUUCUUCAACUUGACAGAUGGCUCAGCCUCAACAUGUUUUACUGCAGAUCCUGAUAGUGAAGGAUAUGCUUGGAUCAUGGUUGAUCUACCACGGAGAGUGAUAAAAGUAUCCCACCUUCAAAUCAUUAAAUCGGACACACUCCCCCUUGAUGUACAUGUGGGAAAUAAAGGGACCAGAAGUGAUCCGCAAUGCAUUUUAGCCAAUAAUUUUGCUGUUGAUAGCUCGUUUACUGUUCCUUGUAGAGACAAUAAAGUGUAUAAAGGCGCGUUUCUAACAAUAUACAGCACAACUCAGAAUGUUGCUCUAAAGAUCUGCGAAGUUAAGGUUUAUGGCCUAAUCGACGGCUGUUGGGGUGGAUGGAGCAGCUGGAAUUUUCUAUUUGGAAGUAAUAUGCAUACGAGAUAUAGAAGCUGUGAUACUCCUGCUGCAGUUCCAACAUGGGAGCAACAAUCAUUAUGCUAUAAUUUAAAGAGAGAGAAGAGUUUGUUGGAAAUUCAACAUACGUGUGUUGGAUGUCCAGUCGAGGACCACGUGACAUGGUUUGAACCAAUCAGAUAUAAUGCAACCAUCACUGAAAACGUUGAUAUGGACAUCCUCGUAACACGAGUUUACAAAGUCAAGACCUGUCAUACAGUUCAUUACUUUAUUACUGCUGGCAACCACAACAACACAUUCAGUAUAACCAACACAAACGGAAGGAUACGUCUCCCUUAUUUUGUUGAUUAUGAACAGUAUCAGGAGUUUACUUUGACGGUAAGUGCCUUCGUGUAUCAUGUUGGCACAAAAACUUACGGAGCUCUUGCCACACCUGAAAAUGCCACAGUGUACAUCACAGUACUCAAUCAGAACGACAACCCUCCACAAUUUCUGCAUGAUAUGAAUACAUACAAGAUCAGCAUUUGUGUUGACAUAAGGGCGGAAAGUAUUGUUGGACAUGUUCUAGCUGAAGACGCAGAUGCAGUGAAUGACAGCGUGACGUAUUACUUGGUCAGCGAAAAUCUCUAUUUUGGUAUAAGUAACACAACAGGGGCCAUUUAUGCUCUGAAAGAUAUUUCAAUACGGACAGCAUUAAAUCAGUCAUUCUUACUAGGUGUUGUUGAUGAUGGUACUCCACCCCUUCAUGCGGUGCAAUAUCUUAAUGUAUCCUUUAAUGUUGGUUCUACACAUACUCUAUUUAUUACAAAGAAUCAAACGUUCACAGUUUGUGAGAAUAAUCCACAACAUGUAGUCACGAUAACAUCUCUUCCAUCUGACCAACGUUACGUAAUUCUAUCUGGUAAUGAAAACAACGAUUUUGAACUCGACAACACAACAGGAGCAUUGUAUGCGCGUCCUCUCGACAGAGAGAGCAUCAACUCUUACAGUCUGGUUAUAGGUACUGUAGACAAUCAAGGAGGUGCACUGGCUUCACUUGAACAGCUUGUUAUAAACAUAACUGUAUGUGAUGAAAAUGACCACGAUCCAGUAUUCGCAGUAUCAACUUAUACCAUGCAAAAUAAUAUUCAAAUGAACCAACCCAUUCUUAAAAUCAACGUCACAGAUGGCGAUGUAGGAGAAAAUGCGAACCUGACUUUCUCCUUGUUAAACCAGUCCUCGCCAUUUUCUAUUGAUGCUGACACUGGUGUGAUCAAAUUAAAAAAAGCAGUCACGCAACGUUUGUAUACCGUUAAUGUUGUUGUUUGUGAUCAUGGUGUGCCACAAAGGUGCUCUUUCAAACAGAUAGAAAUCCAUGCUGAUUUUAUUGGUUGCACUGAGCAUAACUGUCACGUUAACGCAACAUGUGUCCCGAGUGAAGGUGAAUCGUUUACCUGUGCAUGUAAUGCUGGAUUCGCUGGAAAUGGAACUCAUUGCAUUGUUUUCGACGCAUGCGCGGCUUCUCCGUGUGAUUCAAAUGCUGCAUGCUUUAAUGUAAACGGUUCAUUCGCUUGUUCUUGCAAUGACGGUCAUGUGGGAAAUGGACAUGUGUGCUCAGUUAUUGGCACUCCACCGUUCAUAAACCCCACUGUAUACACUGUGUAUCUAAGCUCGCAAAGUCCUAUUGGAACUGAUGUGAUAUUUCUUAAAGUGACAUCACAUGACGUGAAUGGAAAUGUUGCAGCCACAGACGCUUUUAUCGAAAGUGGUAACACUGACAACAUCUUCGGCAUAACUGAUGUGGACUUAGAAACGUUUAAGAUCUAUUCAGAGGGAUUACUAACUGCUACGAACAUAACAUCUUGGAUAUUAACCGUUUCAUUUAAAACCCUCUCAUCCCAAGCUAGAGCAUACGCGACUGUGAACGUCUUCAAAAUUAGCGACAAUAAUUUCCCAAGGUUUGCCCAGUCUAACUACACGGUGAACGUAAGCGAGAACGCUGUUAUUGGUACAGAAGUCUUGCAACUGAAUGUUAUUCAUCCAGGCCAGAUGUUUCCUCUGCUUCAAUACAGUAUUCUUGGUCAAGUUCAGGACUUUCAAGUCAAUGCAACAACAGGAGUGAUCAGCAUUGCAAGCGCACUAGACUUUGAAAACACCACGCAUUACACGCUGUUUGUACAAGCAGUUGAUAUCGCUACGUCACCACGCCGUUUUGCGACGACUUUUGUCAGUAUCAACGUCGUGAACGUAAACGAUAACACUCCAUUUUUUUCACCAGAAACAUACAACAUUACGGUGAGUGAGAGCAUCCCGCUUGGAUCUAAACUCCUCACAGUGCAAGGAAUAGAUGGAGAUAGUGGUACGUUUGGAGAGUUGACCUUUAUCAUAGUUGCUGGAGAUGAAUCCAGCGCAUUUCGAAUAGAUAAGUUUGGUAAUCUCUUUGCAAUUAAGAUGUUGGAUUUUGAAACAAAGUCAAACUACCAGCUGCAUAUCAUUAUCAUUGAUGGUGGUAGCGCGAUUUCGACGACUAACGCUGUUGUCGAGAUAAAAGUGAGAGAUAAUAACGAAUUCUGUCCUGCGUUUGAAUCUUCUCUAUAUGAGUUUGACAUUUUCGAAAAUCAAACUGUGCCAUACCAUAUUUCGGUAUUGAGAGCAGUCGAUCGAGAUGGAACGUCUACAGCUGUGUCUUAUUCCGUUUCAGAAAACCCGAUAGCAUCGAUUAGUAAUUUAGGAGGAGUUCUAACGCUGCAUAAAAAUUUAGAUUAUGAAAACCAAACAUCUUAUUUUUUUCGUGUAGAAGCCAUAAACGAAAACUGCACCACUCAAUUUAGUAAUGUGUUUAUCCGUGUUCAACCUAUCGAUGAUAAUUACCCAAUCAUAACACCGUCUUCAAUAACGGUCGACGUAAAAGAAAACGCCGAUAACGGUGCAAUCUUAGCUGUUUUUGACGGCUUCGAUGCUGACAAGUCAUCACUGGUUUUCUUUAUGGAUAGACACGCCAGGUUCAACCUUCAACAAAAUGUAAAUUCUGCUUCUUUGAUAUUAAUUGAUCAUCUGGAUUUCGAAAAAGAGAGAAACUACACAUUGAAGAUCAAAUUAGAAGAUAGCUCUGGAAAGGUGAGCGAAUCUCAUGUUAUCAUCAUUGUUGAAAAUGUUGAUGACAAUCAGGUUCAAUUCAGCAAAUCUAUUUACACAUUCAACGUGUUAGAAUCUGCACCAGUUGGACACAUCAUUGGCAACAUUGCAACAGCAACUGACAACGAUGCAAACAGUUCAAUUACAUACUUUGUUGGUGAAUCUUCUAAUAAGUUUUUUGUUGCCAACAACACUUUUCUUGUGCUGAAUGCAACCCUUGACUAUGAGAUGAAAAAACAAUAUCAUAUAUUACUGUAUGCAGCCUCAGCAACAUUUAAUGCAACAGCAACUGUAAUUAUCGUUGUUGCAGACGUGAAUGAUGUACCACCUGUGUUGGAAGGGUCAUUUAAUUUUUUUGUAAAGGAAAACACUGAAGUUGCCACUGUCAUUUUUACAGCCAUGUCUACUGAUCCUGACAGUAUUGUUGUGUACAGCGUACUAAAUACAAGUGAUGUGGUAUUACCAUUUGCUAUUGAUUCUAGCACGGGAAAAGUUUCAGUUAUUACAGCGCUAGAUUAUGAAGUCACCAAGAAUUAUUCCUUCCUCAUUCAAGUCAAUGAUGGAAUCUUCAAUGACACAAAGGAAUAUACCAUUCAAGUUGUAGACGUGAAUGAUAAUAGACCAGUGUUUUCGUCUGAUUAUAACAAUAUCAGCGUUUUUGAAAACCAACCGGUGAAUACAGUCAUUGCAAUCAUUUCAGCGACAGACAAUGACACUGGAAUAUUCAGUGAUGUAUAUUAUAAAGUCUUGAAUAUUGGAGAAAACUUUCCUUUUGACAUCAAUAAAUCUACCGGGGAGGUGAUAUUAACAAGAUCGUUGGAUUUCGAAUCGGAGAAACGAUACGACGUGGCAGUGACGGCUUGCGAUGUUGGAUUUAAUGAUCCUCUCUCCAUGUGUAACUCUAUGGUGUUUUCAAUGCAUGUUUUAAAUGUAGAUGAUGUUAAUCUCUCUUUCUCGAAAGUCUUGUACUCAACAAAACUCAUAGAAUCUUCACCUCCAGGUUUUUCUGUUCUAACCGUGUCCGCAGCUGACCUUGAUGGACCUUGUCAUUUUAACUAUUCUUUCGAGAUUAGAAACGAUAAUAAUAAAUUCUCCAUCGAUUCUUCGUCCGGUGUUAUAACAACAGUCGAUUAUUUAAACAGCCAAGACACACAUGUUUAUAAUCUAACGGUGGCUGCAACAAGUGCGGCUAAUGUGGCAUAUAGUAACGUAAUCAUAGAGGUUAUAGCCGUCACAGGUUUCAGUUUUUUGAAGUCAUCGUAUGAAGUAUCCAGGAAAGAAAAUCUGUCGCCUGGGUUCCUAUUGCAACUAUCAACAACACCAGAACGAAAUGUAACAUUCGAAUUAAAAAAUUUAAACGAUUCUGUUAACUUUCGUGUUAAUGAAAGCACGGGAGUUUUGUCCGCAUCUGUGUUGUUUGAUUAUGAACAGCGCACUCUUUAUGUCGUGGAUGUUGAAGCAAAAACUGAGACCUACGUUGCUAAGACUGUAGUGAUCGUAAACGUCAUGGAUACUGAUGAUGAAAAACCGAAUUUCAUUGGUCCAUUGAGUAGGAAUGUAACAAUCAAUGAGAAUGCAAAGAUAUUUGACAUCGUUGCUACUGUUUCAGCAACAGAUCUUGACAAAGCAAGCAAUUUAACAUAUGCAUUCUUUGCAACACCCACUGAAUCCAGCUCAAGUCUGUUGCUAGAUGGUGAACUUGUACUUUCCCCGUUUUCGAUCAUUUCAUCAAAUAACAUUGGACAGAUUUUGGUGUCUUCUCCUUUAAAUAUUGGGAAAGCGACAUAUCAACUGCAAGUCAUGGUGUCAGAUUCUAAUGGAAACGUUGGAAGUAACAAAAUGAACAUCAAUGUUAAAGUCAGUGAUGUAAACAACAAUAAACCAACGUUUAAUCAGACUCUGUAUAAUUUUUCACUACCUGAAGAUUAUCCUGUUGCUAAGGUGUUCGGGAAGGUGUUUGCUACUGAUAUCGAUCAAAUAUACCGUAACCUAACAUACAGGAUAGUGAGCAGGGAGAUUCCAUUCGAUAUCAACAGCAGAACAGGUGAAGUUAUGUUAUCAUCUUCACUAGACUACGAAACAAAAACAGCAUACAAUCUGGUGGUCAUGGCAGAGGAUAAUGGCGACAUUAAGUUGAUAGGUUUCGCGAGUGUCCAUGUUGAAGUGACGAAUGUAAACGAGCAUACUCCAGUCGUCUUACAUUCCGUACACAACAUCACUGAGGAUUUUCCUGUUGGUGUAUCCCUGUUAAAAUUAAAAGCUAUUGACGAAGACGCAGGUACCUAUGGAGCAGUCAGAUUUCUACUGCACGAGUCAUCAGAAUCGAGUUUUUAUGUUGACCCCGUCACAGGUGAUGUGAAACUCGUCCGUAGUUUAAGUGACGAAGUACUAUUGUAUAGUUUGUUGAUCACAGUUUAUGAUCUUGGUAUUCCCUCUUUGCAUAGUAACGUUUCAAUUUUAAUCAACGUAAUUGAUGUGAACAACCGUAAACCGUUAUUCGACAGACCGGAGUAUGACGCUGAGAUUCCUGAAAACAGACCAGUUAACACUACCGUUCUUACUAUUGCUGCUAAUGAUUUGGACUUGCAAUUAAAUGGUGUAGUGUCAUAUAGAAUCAUUUCCCAAUUUCCAGACCCAUCUUUUAAAAUUAAUGAAAACACAGGGCUUGUUUCAACUACGAAAGAACUUGAUUACGAAUGCAAGCGACAAUAUACGAUUACCGUUCAAGCAUACGACCACGGGUUUCCUUCUUUGUCAUCGGUUGUCAUAGCAACCAUUAACAUCACUGACCAAAACGACAAUGCACCUGUUUUUGCCUCAGUUUUAAUAAAUGUUUCUGUUCCUGUGUAUCUACCCGUAUUUUCUGUUGUAACACAAGUAUCUGCUUCAGAUGCCGACAGUGCAAACAACGCCUUAACAUUAUUUUCUUUAGUCCAGGGAGAUAUUCAGAGGUUUAAUAUUACUCCUGACACUGGCGAAAUAAUCUUACUGCAACCUUUCGAUUCAAAUGUAACGCAGAGUCAUAUUCUUGUCGUGACAGUUCGAGAUUCUGGUGUGCCACCCUUGUUUACGUCUGAACACGCGCUAAUUAACGUAACAAGCUACCACAAUUCGUCUGCUUCGCUAACGUUUUCAAAGAAAAAAUACAUAUUUAACGUUAGUGAGAAUGACCUGCCUCAUGUUAUAUCUAGUUUGGAUGUAGUUCAUUUCGCAGAGAAAAAGCAGUUGUUUUAUCGCUUAGAGGUGCCAUCGACAAAUUUUGCGUUACAGCCAAAUGGAACUUUAGAAGUACUCGUUAGUCUUGAUUACGAGGAGCAAUCGGGUUUUACUUUUACAGCUUUGGUUCAAAAUACUAACACUCCGUUGGACAACGAUGUAGCGUUAAUCGUCAUCAAUGUCCUCGAUAUGGAUGACGAGUCACCAAGAUUUGUUCUGCCGUACCAAAACGAGAUUCACAUUAGCGAGUCCACAGAUAAAAAUCAAAUUGUCUCGCUUCUUCAUGCCAAAGAUCAAGACGCUAUUAGUGUACUAAAUUUCACCUUACGGACCCAUACUGAUGUGUUUGAUAUUGAAUCGAGAUUGAAUGUGGGUGUCAUAAGGUUACGGAAGGCUUUGAAUUGCUCUGCCACGAAAAGUUUCAUGCUAGAGAUAAGUGUACAGGAUGACUCUGGAAACAUGGCGGAGUCAAAUGCGUUUAUCUUUGUCAUCGUUUCGGAUGAAAACACGUAUUGUCCUGUAUUUGUACGCAACUACUACAACGUAACGAUAUCCGAGAAUGUUGAACUUCAGGAUAUAAUAACAGUGCAAGCAUUUGAUAACGACUGCAGCGAAAAAAAUAUGCUGGUUCGUUACAGUAUUGCAGAAGAUUUUGCAAAAAAAUAUUUUAAAGUUGACACUGCGCUUGGAAAUAUAUCUAUGAUAACAUCGCUGAAUUUCGAAAACAAACAGUUCUACGAAUUCUCUGUUGUUGCAACCAACCAGGCUAGUUCUUUGUGCGGAUACUCGGCUAAAAUUCUUGUGACAGUUCAAAACGUGAACGAUAAUUCGCCGAAGUUUUUUGGUCCUUUUAAUAUCUCCAUCCCAGAGGACUUUUCAGUUGGUAACCUAGUGUUCAAGCCAAUAGUUAAAGACGCAGAUAACCUUAACAGUCAUCAAUUUUCAAUAACAUCUGGGAUGGAAACUUUGCCAUUCUUUAUCAACCAAGUAACUGGAGAGGUAUACCUGACCGAAAAACUCGACUACGAAAAGACGACGAUGUAUGACAUCAUUGUGCGAGUGUUGGACGUUGGAAACACCAACAUGGAACAAACAGAACAGACCUACAAGCUGAGAUUGGAAGAUGUUAAUGAUAAUCGUCCUUUGUUUUCUCAACUAAAAUACUCAUUUGAAUUUCAAGAAGAAACACCAGUUAACACAUUAGUAGGAUGUGUAAGUGCUGUAGAUGAGGAUGCAACAACAAAUGGUGAAAUUCAAUACACUCUUUCUCCAAUCCAGCACACAUUUUUCACUAUCAACAGCACAGGAUGUAUUUUCACGAACCAAAACAUCGAUAUUGACGCCAUAAAAGGUGAUAUGGUCAACUUAACAACACAGGUUUUAGUUAUCGCUACAGACCAAGGUGUGCCAAGCUUGCAAGCGUCGAAACUUGUUUCGAUCAAAAUUUUCGACAUGAAUGACAAUACACCAGAAUUUCAACCUGUGAUUUAUAAUGUUACCGUCACCGAGAAAACUGAUGUUGGUACAUCUUUAACACAAGUGUCAGCACAUGACUUGGAUAUGGUAACUCCGAAUCUCGAAUUUUCUAUCAAAAACGAAAAUUUGGAUAACCCGUUUCGUGUUGAUACCACUGGCCGAAUAUACCUAAAAAAAACUAUUGACUUCUCUACAAAAAUCAGAACUUACACGUUAAUACUGUCAGUAUCCGAUGGUGAAAACAAUAGUACACGUUUAGCUACCGUUUUAAUCAAUGUUGUAGCUACCGCGGAAAGCGCACCAGUCUUUCCUGUGAGUGAAUAUAUCUUAAAUUUACCAGAAAGUACGCCGGUCGGUCAUUCAGUUUUAAUACAACUUCAAGCUGCCAACGUUAAUGCUACCUAUUCGUUUUCUCAAUCAUCUAAAGACUCGUCACGUUUCAAAAUCAAUAAAUAUACCGGUGAAGUAACGUUGCAUACCCAGCUGAAUUACGAAAAACAACGUACGCAUUUUGUAGCAGUAAUUGCUACCAGUAUGUCAUCUCAUCAAAACGCGAUCGUCCAAUUGAUUGUCCAUGUCACUGACGUCAAUGAUAAUUAUCCUAUGUUUACUGCACCCUUAACAAGAAAUAUAACAAUCCCGGAAAGCAUGAAUGUUGGUCAAAUCGUUGCGCAUUUUGAAGCCUUUGACAGCGAUUUGACAACAAAUGGUGAUAUCACAUACUCGAUUAUAACAAUAAACGAACAUCCAUUUGAAGUACUGUCCACAUCAGGAGUUGUUCUGCUCAAGCAACCUGUUGAUGCUGAAACAAGAUCAACGUAUUCUUUAGAAGUGGCAGUCACUGACAAUGGAGUGCCUCCUCGGUCUUCACAACAGAAUUUAAUUCUUAACAUAGUUGUGGAAGAUGUAAAUGAACACUGUCCGGUGUUUUCCAACGACACAUAUACGGUGGAGGUGUUGGAAUCUGCACCGUUUUCCACUGCUGUAUUGCAAGUUAGUGCUACAGAUGUCGAUAAGUUAUCUCCCAACAAUGUGAUUACCUACACUUUGGCGGACACAACAUUUUUUGACAUUAAUUAUAAAUCGGGCAACAUUUUAACAAAGAAGUUGCUAGACUAUGAAAGCCAGCGUUCAUUCCGGUUAAUUGUUGUUGCUACUGAUCAUGCGAGAAAUCCGUGCGUAAACAAAACAUUCGUCGACAUUAAAGUUGUCAAUAUCAAUGACAAUGCACCUGUUAUGUACCCGCCUUUUAGUUAUGACGUCAUGGAGAAUGUGCCCAUCGGGUUUACCGUUUUUCAAGUAAGUGUCGACGAUGCAGAUAAUGACAGUUUAGAAUAUCUUCUAUUGGACCGCAAUUCGUCGUUUGUAGUGAAUCAAACUACUGGAGUAGUGGUAGUUGCGAGACAUCUAGAUCAUGAGACGAAAGCUUCACACAACAUUACUAUUCGGACCACUGAUCAACUGUUCCAACAAACGCAAAGUUAUAUCAUCCAAAUUUUGAACGUAAAUGAUAACCCACCUAAUAUUAGCAAGACGCACUAUUUAUUUUCAGUUGACGAAAACGUAAACAUCUCCACUAUUAUUGGCUGUGUCUCAAGUGCAGAUAAAGAAAAUUCAUCAAUUCAAUAUUAUCUAUCUACGAUGGAGGGUGAAAUUAGUACGGUUUUUUUAUUGGAUAAAACAAGUGGAUGUCUGUCACUUCAACAAUUGGUCGACGCAGAAAAGCAAUCGCGAUAUUUGCUAAAAGUCGUUGCAGUGGAUUCAGGAUUCGUUCAGCUUGGAAUAACAUCCACUGUAGAGGUUGCUAUCAAUGACGUCAACGAUAACCCUCCAUCGUUUGCAUCGUUGGUGUAUAAUAUUGAUAUCUUAGAGAACACCCUUCCGGGUACUAACCUGCUCACUGUGAAAGCAACCGAUCCAGAUUUUGGAGGCACGAACAUUAUCGACUAUAAUAUCUUUUCUGGGAAUAUUGGCGAGAAAUUUUCCAUUUCCAAUUCUGGUCAGCUAGUUUUGGAAUCCUCGCUUGAUUUUGAAAACCAGUCUUCUUAUAGUCUACAAAUUGUCGCUAGUGACGCUUCUCUAACAAGCUUUUUCGAUACUACCACAAUAUCUAUUCACAUUGUCAACAUCAAUGAAUAUAGCCCAACUUUUACCAAGCCAGUUUUCAACGUGUCGCUUUCCGAAUCGUAUCCACUGAACAAAGAUUUUCUACAAGUUACUGCUGUUGAUAAAGAUUUCAACGCUACCAUACUGUAUCGAAUUCAAUUUCAACACAGUACAGGUGAUGACCUGUUUUUUAUCAACAUAACAACGGGAGUGCUUUCGUUAAAAGGCGUCUUAGAUUUCGAAAAAAACAUCGUGCAUACAUUUACAGUAAUAGCUUCAAACGCAGAUGAGCCAACGAAGAUUGGAAUCACGGCAGUUAAUAUUUUUGUCACUGAUGAAAACGACAAUGUGCCAGUCUUCACCAAACCCAGUUUAGACAUCAAUGUCAUUAAAAGUACGAAUGUAAGAACUGUUAUCGGAUCUGUGUUAGCCUUGGACGCUGAUUCCGGGUUGAACGGAAUUGUAUUAUAUGUCAUAUCAACCAACGGAAGUGGCGUCCCCUUCUCAGUUAAUGAAACUAGCGGAGAAAUAAAGCUGACCAGACUUCUUACGUCCGCUGAUCCUUCAGUGUUUGCAUUUACCAUCGAAGGAACAAAUUUUGGAGCCGCUGUGUCUUCUACUGCGUCUAUAUCUAGCUCUGUUAUUGCUGUUAUGGUGCAUUUAGUAGAAAGCAACAAUGCCCCCAAGUUUAGCGCAGACACUUAUAUUCUUACCAUCCCAGAAAACGAACCUCCUUCAAAUAGUAUUGGUGGAAUAACUGCAAACGACUUCGAUGCAGGUGUGAAUGGUGUGUUAUCAUACAAAAUUAUAUCAGCGGAUGAAAAUCUUCCCUUUGAACUAAACUCAACCUCUGCUGUUUUGUCUGCACUCCAAUCUUUUGAUUAUGAAACUCGAUCUCAGUACACAUUUAUGUUGGCGGCUACCGAUCACGGAUAUCCUAAUCAAUCAGCAGCUGUUCUGGUACAGGUAAAUAUUGGUGACAAAAACGAAGCACCUAUCUUUUUGCAUACCUUAUACAACGUGUCUAUAUCGGAACUAACAAUGAUUGGUACGACAUUUCUACGAUUGUCGUACUCAGAUGUCGAUGCUGGACAAAACGGAGAGGUUUUCUUCUCGGUUGUGAAUGGAAAUAAUGAAUUGUUUUCUGUAGAGUCACCAAGCGGUAAGAUUAUUUUAAAAGCGGCUUUAAAUGUGAAGAAAACAACACAGUUCUCUCUUACAUUGCAAAUGUACGAUGGCGGAAAGCCAUCGCUCAGGUCUACGGAUAACGCUACUGCUCUUAUAAACGUGGUAAACAUUGUUUCCAACCAGCCUGUAUUUAUGAUGGAUCAAUAUGUUUUUCAAACGGUAGAGAAUUAUGAAGGGAUUAUAGGUCGUGUGGAGACCACAACUAACAGCACAACACUAACUUAUCGCUUGUUGCCACCUGUAAUGCGGACUCUCUUUUCAGUAAAUUCGAAUGGCAGUAUUCUCGUUGUUAAAAGUUUAGAUUUUGAAAUAAAACAGGAGCAUCAUUUUUACAUUGAAGUUUUUGAUACCAACGACAUACACCGCGCGAACGCUUCGACGGACGUUAAAAUUAUCGUUAUCGACGUCAAUGAUAAUCUUUUUAAAUUAUCAACAAACAGAAUCGAGUUAUCUUUACUCGAGUCGACGCAGCCAGGUAUAAUCCUUGCUCGAUUGAUUGCUGAUGACGCUGAUUCAGGCAGAAACGGAAUGGUAUUGUAUGAAGUUACUCCCCAUACCGAAAAAAUCCAAUUACUCGUCACAAACAACACCGCCAUGUUAAUUUUAAAACAGCAGUUGGAUUAUGAAGUACAAACUUUUAUGGUAUGUGCGAUUAAAACGACCAGUGUCACACCUCCCAUCAUUUCAACAGAUACUGGCGUUAUUAUUAACGUCCUAGACGUCAACGACAAUCCACCAAAGUUUGAGAAACGUCUUUAUAUGGUAAGUGUACUAGAGACAUCCCCUAUUGGUUCAAUAUUGGAAACCGUUACUGCUACUGACGGAGAUUCCCUAUCAAAUGGUAACAUCACCUACCAUAUUUUACAGACAAACAGCCCAGCAAAUAUAGACAAUUUGAAUGGAACGAUCACUCAAGUGACGAACUUUGAUCCAUUUCUGGCAUUGAGCCACGAGAUAACAAUUAUUGCUAAGGAUUCUGGGACACCACAGCUUCAAGGAAACACAGUGCUGAGAAUUGACGUUGUUCCAGUCAACAAACACCCACCAGUAUUUUCACCAUACAGAUAUGAGAAAGACAUGUUUGAAAAUUCGCUAGUCGGAAUGACCCUGUUGCAGGUUAAGGCUUCAGACAGUGAUUUUACUGGAAAGUCCUUAGUAUAUGCGAUCGUGGAUGGAAACACAGAAGACAGUUUUACCAUCGAUUCUCAAGGAUACAUUGUUGUCGCUAGAAAUGUCGAUCGAGAAAUCAUUUCUUUAUUUAACUUAACAGUUUCAGUUCGUGACAGUGGAAAUCCGUUUCGUUUUGCUUCACAUAACGCUUCUGUUUUUGUUAGUGUUUUAGAUGUAAACGAUAACUCGCCUGUAUUUCUUAACACUCCUUCGGUGGUUACUGUGUCAGAAGCAGACUCUGCGGGGAAGGUUUUAACAACUGUAAGAGCUGUAGAUCUUGAUGAUGGCUCACAUGGACGAGUGACAUACGCCUUUCAACGGGUUGGUGACUAUACUGUGUUUGACAUCGGUGACACCAGUGGCGAUAUAUUGUUAAAAUCUGUCAUAGACCACAAAAACUUUCAAAAUUAUACUUUGUUUAUCGUAGCCACCGAUUCAGCUAAAAAUCCCAGAAAAAGUUUCCAUCAAAUAAAGUUGAAUAUUAUCGAUGUUAAUUCACCUCCGUUUUUCUCGGAAACGUUCUACAAUGUUACGGUGUCCAAGAAUGCUCAAUCUGGUUUGGAUAUUGUCACAGUGAAAGCACAAGAUAUAGACUCGGGUGUCAAUGCCAAACUGUCGUUUUCCAUUGUUACAGGAAAUGAGCAAGGUAUAUUUGGCCUAGAUGGUCCAGUUUUGAAUUUAAAAAGAACAUUAGAUUUCAAAGAAAAUUCUCUGUACGUCCUUAAUGUAUCUGUCACUGACGGUAUCGGCUUGGCAUCAGCGCAAAACGCGGUAAUUGAAGUUUAUGUAACGAGCGUGGAAAUAGCUCCGGUAUUUACGAAAAGUUUAUAUGAGGUUACAGUGGAAGAAAAUAGUCCGGUUGAAACUCUCCUAACAGUGAAUGCUUCAUCAGAGAAUCCCGUGCGAUACGAGAUAGUUCGUUCCAACAGCUCUUCAAAUUUUUUUAUCAAUUCACUUGGUACCGUGGUUUUGCUUACAAAGCUAGAUUACGAGAAGAAUAAAGAACAUAGAUUGGUAGUAAAAGCGAGGUCUGGUCAUUUGGAGGCUGAAACGGUUGUUAUCAUAUCAGUGACAGAUGUAAAUGACAAUACGCCGUACUUUUUAAACAAUGCCUACACAUUCUAUACAUAUGAUGACAUGCAGCCAAAUAAUUUGAUUGGUCAAGUUAUGGCACGUGAUGAUGAUAGUGGCAUAAAUAGUAAACUAACUUAUAACGUCAUUGAGACUGUUCCGUUCACGUUUAACGGAAACGUUCUCACAAACACGAUUUUCCUACGAUACGAUGUUCGAAAGCAGUACACAUUUAAUGUUGUUGCGUCUGAUAAAGGUGUCUCUUCUCAUACAUCAAGUCCUGUCACUGUUACCGUCAACGUCCUUCCAAACAACGACACGUCGCCGACAUUUAAAUCACCUACAUAUACCAUCAAUGUUGCCGAAGAUAUAACCGUUGGUGUGGAGAUUAUUCGAUUAUCUGCAGAGGAUCCUGAUUCGGGAAAUUUUGGGCGACUUGUGUAUACGUUGGAACGAACAGAAAGUUCUUCGUUGUUUACCAUCAAACAAUUCACUGGCUCGAUAUCGCUAGCAGAGGGAAAAAUGUUAGAUUAUUCGAACAACACGAGACAUGUUUUAGUUGUUAAAGCGACUGACGGAACUGGGCUCACAGCUGCAGCAGUUGUAUUUGUCAAUCUAAUCGAUAAAAACACGUACAAUCCUACUUUUGAGAAAUCGUACUAUGAAUUUUCUAUCGCAAAUGACGCGGCUAUUGACACUUCCAUCGGGCAGAUAAUGGCAAUAGAUAGAGAUGUGACGGUAGGCCAUCGUGUUUUGUACAUUAUCUUGUCGCGCAACGAUAGUUUUAAUUUUCGACUUUCACCUUCAAAUGGAAACAUAAUAGUGUCCAAAUCUUUAAUGGCAGAAGGUAACAAAGUCUUCACUUUAAUCGUAUCGGCGUAUAAUCCAACUAUGCCGAGCAGAGUAUCAACAAAUAGAGCUACUGUCGUGAUUCAGGUUAUUUAUCGAGCAACAAUCACGCCUGCAUUUAAUCAACCACAAUAUCUCGUACACGUUAAAGAGCCUGGUGUUAUUGGAGACAUUGUUCAAGUUACCGCUUCAACAGGUAACCUAGCUACAGAUUCUUUACUGAAGUAUCACAUAGUAAACAACAGUUUCAGUGAUGUAUUUUCAAUUGGAGAAGGUAAUGGUACAGUGUUUUUAAGAACUGCUUUAGACAGAGAGACCACUGCUGAAUAUACAUUCAAUGUUGGUGCAAGUAGUGUUGCUUACGAUGGCACAGGUAUAGCCGUUGUCAUAGUCACUGUUCUGGAUGUUAACGAUAAUAUACCAAAACCUUUGGGUGGUUCCACUGUAGAAGUUAUCUUAUCUGAGGCCACUUUUGUGGGCAGCGUCGUACACACUGUGAGUGCAGUGGAUGAUGAUCUUGGCGAAAACAGUAAUGUUCAAUACACCCUCGCUUCAAAUGGUGUGUUUUCAAUUGAUGCUUCUGGAAUAGUUCGACUUAUAUCUCCUUUGGAUUACGAGGUAACUAAAAGUUAUAAUUUAAAAGUAUAUUUAUCAGAUCAAGGAAACCCGCCUCUCACGAAUUCCAUACCUGUUAGUAUCGUGGUUACAGUAAAGAAUGAAAACGACGUAAGACCACGAUUUACUAAGAAAAUAUAUUCCAAGACGAUUAAUGAAAGUAAUACUCCUUUUGAAGACAUACUGCAAGUGGAUGCAGAUGACGAAGACCAACUACAACCACUAAUGUACGUUCUAACUGGAACAGAUGCAAGUUCCUUUAGGCUAGAUAAUAAUACAUUGUGGAUCAGUAGUCGCACUGCAUUGGUAUACACACAAAAAAUGAAGUACACCUUUAUAUGCAGUGUCACAGACGGCCUUUUUACCGAUUUCGCAUCCAUUGAAAUUACAAUAACGGAUGUUAACAACAAUCCCAUUUUUGAAACACCAGAGCUUGUGUUGAACAUAUUAGAGUCAACUCCGGUAAAUACGGUAAUAUCGGUAACGAGCGUGACGGACGAAGACACAGGUGCAGCCGGACGUAUCAGUUUGAGCAUAAGAAACGGAGACCCCGGUAGAGUAUUUGGUUACAAAGACGGAAAUAAACUUACUUUACUGAAACAUUUAGAUUAUGAAACAACGAAACGAUAUAUUUUGUUAAUUACCGCCACUGACUCAGGUACACCUCAACGCUUUAGCCGCUCCGUCCGUGUUGUAAACAUCAUCAAUGUGAACGAUAAUCCUCCCCGAAUGUCAGCAGUACCACCAAUUUCUCUCAACGAAGGAGUGUAUGUUGAACAAACUCUUCAUACUUUUACAGUUACUGACGAGGAUAACUCCGGUCAGAUCACGGUUCAGUUACACAGUCCCGAAAACUUAUUCAAAGUUCGUAAACGACAAACAAAUGUUUACUCUCUCGAUGUAACAGACUCUGUUGAUUACGAAUCUUGUAAUGUGUACAAACUUAUUCUAGUCUUGUCUGAUGGUCUGUUUCAAACCGUUUCGGAAGUCAUUGUCACUGUUAACGAUUUAAACGAGCCGCCAUAUUUUCCUACCGAAACAUAUGACGUCACUAUUAGCGAGACUUCUGUGGUUGGCUCGUUUGUAAUGCAAGUGUGGGGGAGGGAUCCUGAUGCAGGAUUUAACGGAGAAUUACGUUAUAAAUUUGAUGAUAAUUCCAUUGACGCAGAGUUUUUCUCAAUUAACUCAACAACAGGAAUCAUUAGUGUAAAGAGGACAUUGGAUUACGAGAAUAAAACGCGACAUGAACUUAAAGUCAUUGUUUUAGACCACAAUUUAUCUUCUGCAGAGAAAGCGAAUGUGACUAUUCGUGUUAGCAAUAACAACGAUAAUCCACCCAUGUUUAACCAAAGUCUUUAUACCACAGUCGUCAAAGAAAAUAACAACUUCAGUUUGAUGUUGACAGUCGACAAUACUCACGGUUUUCCGUGUUGUUUGUUUGAAAUCGUCGACGUCGAGAUGCAAACAAUUUUCCUGCUAGUCCAAAAUCACUCUAAUGUUUUCGUUCAAAAUAAAAUCAGAAUGGACUAUGAAACCCGGCAACACUAUAGAUUUACAGUAAGCGCAAAACAUACGUAUUCAGCACACGGCAUUGCUAUAGCAACAGUGUCAGUUUCUCUCACUGAUGUAAAUGACAACGCUCCGCAAUUCCAUUUAUGUGUGAAAACAAUAGAAAUAUCAGAAAGCCUACCAAUAAAUUCGACUGUGUUUUAUGUUUCAACAUCAGACUUGGAUAGUGGUAAGAAUAGCGUCGUUAGUUUGAUUCUUAGCAACGCCGACGAUUUUAGAAUGGAAGGCAACGCUGUUGUCGUGGAAAAUAAACUAAGCUACCAUAAGAACAAAAUGUACAAAGACGUCACUAUAACGGCAGAGGAUGGCGGAAAUCCUCCGCUGUUAACUUCGCAUACACUUGACAUCCACGUAAAGCAAGAAAACACGCGUGUACCACAUUUCAUUUCGGAUCAAAUUCAAUUAUCAUUCAAUGAGGGUAUGUACGCGAACGAAUUCUUAUAUCAAGUUGUGGCGAUGGAUGAAGACAAUGACACGUUGACUUAUUCUAUUGUCAACCCUGUUGAAACAGUGUCCAUAAGUGAGAGUGGAAUAUUGAUUUUAAAUGGAUCUUUUAAUCAUUCUUUAUUCCAAACGUUUACCAUGGUUGUGAAGGCAACAGAUGGCCUGUACGACGCGUUCUUGGUCAUAAAUCUUACAAUAACAGAUGUUAACGAGGCGCCGGUAGUGACAAAAGAAUAUUAUAACUUGACUGUACCCGAGACGACACAAAUCGGCUCGUUGUUGUUAAAUUUGCACGCUUUUGAUGUUGACAUUGGAAGUAACGGUGAAAUUCGAUAUGAACUGAGAACUGAUAACUGCAGCAUUUUCUCUGUUGAUACACAACGUGGAGAAGUGUAUUUAAAUGCUACGCUUAAUUAUGAAAGCAUGCAGGCUUGUACAUCUGCUGUCAACGUGUAUGACAAUGGGAGCCCAAAACUAAAUGCGUCUACUAUGAUCCAGAUUCAUGUUGCAGUAAAGAAUAUAAACGAACAUAGUCCAUUUUUCAAUCAAUCGCAUUACACAUUCACAAUGGCAGAGAAUAGUGCAUUUACCUAUCCCUUUCUCGCAGUGGAUGAUGACAUUUCUGACAGCAUUUCUUAUUCCAUUAAAUACCAGUCUGCAAAUAGUUGGUUUGCAAUUAACAGGCGUACAGGUGUUCUACGAAAUGUCGCUACUCUCGAAUACGAGGUGCAUAAAACUAUCACAUUAGUAAUCGAAGCAAGAGAUUGUGGCUUGAACUAUCGAGUCGGAUACACUACUGUGAUUAUAAUUUUAAAAAAUAUGGAUGACAACCCGCUGGUGUUGGAAAACAAAGUAGUUUUACUUAGUAUAAUAGAAGAUAUGCCGAUUGGUUCUGUUAUUUACAAUUUCGUAGAUAUCGCCAAGGAUGAAGAUGUUCGUUUUAUGGGAAAUAUGUUCUCUUACCAUAUACAAGGUGGGAAUGUUAACGAUGUAUUCGGAGUAAAAAACAAGACACAGCUUUACAUUAACAACGGUUUGGAUUUCGAAACAUUAAACUUUUACAAUCUCACAAUUAUUGUCAACCAAACUAAUGCGCUAUCAGCAAAUAGAUUUAGUGUUCUAGUAACUGUAAAAGAUGUGAACGAACACAACCCAACUUUUGUGCAAGCUUCAUAUAAGUUUAACGUUCUUGAGAAUACGCCUUUUUCACGCUUCAUUGACGCAAAUGACAGUGACAGAAAGGACGAAGUCAGAUAUCACAUAUUAAACAGCACCGUUGUUCAGUAUUUUGUCAUCAAUUCAACCACUGGCGAAAUCUCCAACUCAACGGAAAUAGAUUAUGAAACCAUGCAAGCCCUUACUUUUACUGUUAUUGCCACUGACACAGGCGUGAACUCGCGUUAUGGAUGUGCUGAAGUGUCAAUCAAUGUCAUUGAUGUCAACGACAACCUCCCAUAUUUUUUAAAAUCAUCUAACGAAGUAAAUAUUUCACUAACUACCUUGAUUGGUACUCAGUUCUUCACAAUGCAAGCAAGUGAUGCAGAUUCUGGAAGUAACGGUAAAAUUCAAUAUUUUACCCAGUAUAAUCAAUACGUUCAAGUUGAUCGAUUCACAGGCGUUAUCUCAUUGACGCGCUCUUUAGAGGAUGUUGUCGGUGACUGGUCAUUUUUUAUCAAUCUUAAUGUGUCUGACAGUGGCAAUCCGCAAUUAUGGAGCAAUAAGACGUUCACACUGCGUGUUAAUGUUAUCGAUACCAUAGAAUUUUUUAACACGACCCAUCUAGUUGUGAACAUAGAAGAAACAAACAUGACGAACCAAAACAUCAUUCAAGUCAACUCCUCCUAUAUUGUUGGUAGGCAAAAUGUAACGUACGCUUUCACGAGUCAGUGCUGCCAAGAUGGUGUGUUCACCAUAAACUCCAUCACAGGUCUGAUUCGCAAUGCACGGCCGCUAGAUUAUGAAAAACAUCAAUUUUUCAACCUACUUAUUGCGGUUUUCGAGCAACUCCGACAGGUUUUAACGAUCCACAUUCGCGUAAAUGUAAUCGAUAAAAACGAUAAUUACCCUGUGUUUUCGCCCGGUGUCUACGAAGUCAGUACGUCGAUGGACUCAGUUUACGUCACAAGAGUUUUUGCAAAAGAUGCUGAUUCAGGCUCAAACGGAGAAUUGUCAUACAUAUCCAGCCACGUCGCUUUUUCGAUCGAUAAAGACGGCUAUAUGAACAUAACUAACAUUUCUUUGCUGAAAGAUGUUUCACAGGUUUACUUCACUGUUUCUGUUCGUGAUAAUGGAUCACCAAAUUUAAAUGCAACAUUAGACGCACAGAUGUUCCUUACCAUUACUGGUCGCAAGGAACCUCAGGUCGCCCAAAGCGUGUAUCGUACAUCAAUAUAUGAAAAUACAACCCUUGGUAGCUCGAUUUUAACCAUUAGCGCUAAAAUACCCGACGGGCACGGAGCUGUGGAAUACACAAUCGAAGACGAGGAGGAACGUUUCUUUUUUAUGAUAAACAAAUACAAUGGUCUUAUUACUACAAAGAAAGCUUUUAAUUACGAUAUUUCAACAAGACACAAAUUUCCAGUCGUCCUGCGCAACUCACUGGAUACAAAAAAGAUUACUAUAGCAACGGUCAUAGUCAGUGUUAUUGAUGUAAACAAUAACGCUCCUGUUUUUGUGACGCAGUCCAAAGAUGUUUUUAUUGAAGAAACUGCGGGACUUGAUCGGUUAGUUGCUGUCGUGUCAGCAAAUGAUGGAGAUAAAGGGGAAAAUUCUAGAAUAACAUAUGCUAUACUUAAUGGGAAUACAAACAAUGCUUUUAAAGUGAAUUCUUUAGGCGAAGUCCGUGUAAACGCUACACUAAAUCCUAGCGUGAAGAAUUUUUAUAGUUUAAUAUUGAGAGCACAAGACAAUGGUAUGCCAAGAAGAUUCUCUGCCAAUAUCACCCUUCGAAUUACUGUUCGCACAAUAGCGGUAAUGACAACGAAGCCUCCUGUACUUAGCAUACCUAUUACGCAACAUUUUGAAGCGAUCUAUGAAGAGUACGACGUUGAUUUGCAGGCUGAUUAUUCAGAAGAUGCUGACUAUGGGUAUUACAGUACUCUCCCCCGUGCAUCGUGGUAUGAUGUGAAUUACAAAAAAGACAUCAACAAAAACUACAUGAGAAAAUACUUGGCAUACACAGUUAAAGUGGAGGUGGGUAAUAAGAACGCGACAACUGUAAAACGGAGAAAGAGGAGAGCGACUACGAAUAGCACAAACGAGCUGAAUUUCGAUCUUGAAAUAGGGACGCAAACUGAAUGUCCUUCGCCAAGAGACAAAAGUAUCCCGUGCAAUGGUCCCGUGCAACCUGGAGUCACAUACAGGUACCAGUUAUCUGCCAAAUUGGAGGGAAAAGAUGUAAGCACUUUCGCUGCAAAUUCGACAGAAGCUGCUGCAAUUGUUCAAGUCACAACAAACCUACCGUCAACAAACAACAAUUCUGGCAACGCCUAUUACAUUCUUGGGUUGAGUACAUUGGGCGUUUUACUUAUGAUGGCGUUGAUGGCGUUAGCUGUUCUACUUCUACAUCCAAAAUGGAGUUUCGUUUGCUAUGAGAAGAAAGACAACACACCUUCUUCUGCGUUCACACUUCCCUUGCAAAUUAACGAAAGGUUAGAUAAGAAGUCAAAAGACGGUUCGUUCAACACCAUAUCGACGAUUGGUUUUGAACCUUUCUUCGUUCCAAGAGCGAAAAAGAGAAGAACAUUGAACGAUACAUCCGACUCUGAUUAUAUUCCUCGUGCUGCACGAUACAACAGUCCCAUCUAUAAUAUCACCACUUCUUCAGAAUCUCUCAUGUCUAGACAAUCAAGUGGGAGGAAUUUAAUAAGUCUAUGGAAAAAUCGAAACAGAUCACGUGCAUCAAAACAACAGCAGAACACCUUUGGUCCAACAAGUCCUUAUUAUGGUCAAAGUUCAUCAACUUUUGAUUUGGACCCUACGCUACCUGUCAGUAUUCAACCACGCCCAGUGACAGGGCCUGGCACAGACUACGAAGGUGGCAGUCGCAUCGCUUCCAUCAUGAAGCAUUCUUUGGAAAAUAAAUUAUAAAAUCGACAUUGAGAUUGAACACUUCAUUCAUCUUUAUUAUACUACAAAUAUUAGCAUCAAAAAAUAUUUUAUAACAAUUAAAACACUUGACUAAAUAAAUAUAUACAAUUAAAAACACCCUUCUUAAUUUCAAAUCAAACU